GAAAAGCAAAAUGCUUUGUUAAAAAAAAGGAAAAGCAAAACACUUGGAUCUCACCUGUCACCCUUUGUACUUACCUUCUUUUUCAUCAUACAAUCGCUAUUUUCUGUACAAGGAAUCUGACACUGAUCCAUAUCCAUCAACGCCAUGGCCGCACAUCCUAAGAAGAUCAUCAUCGACACUGACCCUGGCGUUGAUGACGCCAUGGCAAUAUAUCUUGCGUUGAGAUCACCUGAAGUGGAGGUGAUUGGACUGACUACCAUUUAUGGGAACGUUUAUACCACUCUGGCUACCAGGAAUGCAUUGCAUUUGUUGGAGGUUGCGGGGAGGACUGACAUCCCAGUGGCUGAGGGAUCUCAUGUCACGAUAACGAAAGGUACAAAACUUCGCAUUGCUGAUUUUGUCCAUGGUGUUGAUGGACUUGGCAACCAAAAUUUUCCACCACCAAAAGGAAAGCCAAUUGAACAGUCAGCAGCCGCUUUUCUGGUUGAGCAGGCAAAUCUGCACCCUGGAAAAGUCACUGUGGUGGCAUUGGGCCCACUUACAAAUAUUGCUCUGGCUAUUCAAUUAGAUCCUGCAUUUGUCAAAAACAUUGGGCAGAUUGUUCUUCUUGGUGGUGCAUUCUCAGUAAAUGGGAAUGUGAAUCCAGCAGCCGAGGCAAAUAUUUUUGGUGAUCCGGAUGCUGCUGAUAUUGUUUUCACCAGUGGAGCAGAUGUUAUAGCUGUGGGGAUUAAUGUUACUCAUCAAGUUGUUUUGACAGAUGCUGAUCGAGACAAAUUGGUGCAGUCAAAUGGAAAGUUUGCUCAGUACUUGGCCAAAAUUUUAGAUGUGUACUUCUCUUAUCAUCAUGAGGUGUAUAACACCAGAGGAGUUUAUCUUCAUGAUCCUACAGCCUUUCUUGCAGCUGUUGAUCCUUCACUUAUGACCUACAUUGAGGGUGUUGUUAGAGUCCAAACAACUGGCAUCACAAGGGGAUUGACGAUAUUUUAUAACAAACAGAAGAGGUUUGCUGAAGAAACUGAAUGGUCUGAUAAGCCUACAGUGAAGGUAGCUGUCACAGUUGAUGCUCCCACAGUUGUCAAAUUGCUUAUGGAACGGCUUAUGGAAUCAUAAACCUUGCAGGUUAGAAUUCGCCAGUGAUUAGGAACUUCCUUUGGUGGUCAAAUGGCCACUGGUGAUGCAAUUAAAACUCCAUUGUUUUCAUGUGUAUUUUCUCUUGUGGGCAUGUGGUUGGUCAUUGGUCAUACUUUCCAAUUUGUUUCCUCUCGCACACCCCAGCAAGAGAUGGUUUUCUUGACGUUCUGAUAGACAUUGUUGUCCUAAUUUCUCUGGAAUUAUUGAUCAAAAUAAAGCACCCUGCCCUGUAUUUCUUUC